UUACACCAUAACACAUUAGCCUUUUACAGCGUCGUCAAUUCUCUGAUCCUAAUUUUCCAUUUUUUUGCUCACAAUUUUUGCUUUUGAUAUAUUCUCCUCCUUAUCUCUGUUUGUCUAUUACAUUUUGAAAGCAAUGGAUCAAGGAGAGCUUGCACGAGUUUUUCAAAUGUUUGAUCGAAAUGGGGAUGGCCGCAUCACGCGAAAAGAGCUUAGUGACUCCUUAAAAAACCUUGGAAUCACCAUCUCGGAGCAAGAUUUGACCCAAAUGAUCGAGAAGAUCGACGUAAAUGGAGAUGGGUUCGUUGACAUCAACGAGUUUGGCGAGUUGUACCAAACAAUAAUGGACGAGAAAGACGAGGAGGAGGAUAUGAAGGAGGCAUUCAAUGUGUUUGAUCAAAAUGGAGAUGGGUUCAUCACAGGAGAGGAAUUGAGUGCGGUGUUGUGUUCUUUAGGCCUAAAGCAUGGCAAAACCAUAGAGGAUUGCGAAAGCAUGAUCAAGAAAGUGGACGUGGAUGGUGAUGGAAUGGUUGACUACAAAGAGUUUAAGCAAAUGAUGAAGGCUGGGGGAUUUGCCGCGGCUUCGUUAAGUUGAUGCAUGCAUAUGGCUAGAGGGUGUGUAUGUAAGUCUUUUUUCUUUUAUGGAUAGGUGGAGUUUUGCACAUAAAAGAAGAAAUAAUCAAGAUGCCCUUUGUUUGGUUGGUGAAUAUGUUUGAUGAGAAUUUCUCAACUCUUGUACGGUUGAUUGGUUAUUCCUCAAUAUUUUCCGAUCUAAUGAAUCUAUAUAGAUCCUGUUGCUGUGUAAAUGAAACUUGCUUUAUCUGCA